UGAUAUUAUACGUUCCCUGGAUGUCAACAGAAGAUGCUGACAGGGUAAGGAAUCAGCGUGAAGAAUGUGGCGAAGGAGCUUUAGCAGCACCACGAGCGCGUUGAAGGACAAGAAAUGGGACGCUCUCAUCAUCGGCGGUGGCCAUAAUGGUUUGACGGCCGCCGCGUACCUCGCACGUGCUGGCCUCUCCGUCGCUGUUCUCGAGCGCCGCCACUUGAUCGGCGGUGCCGCCGUUACCGAAGAACUCAUCCCGGGCUUCAAAUUCUCCCGCUGCAGCUACCUCCAAAGCCUCCUCCGCCCCUCCAUCAUCAGGGAGUUAGAGCUAGGGCGUCAUGGAUUGAGGCUGUUGAAGAGGAGCCCAUCUUCGUUUACGCCUUGUUUGGACGGACGUUAUCUUCUACUGGGCCCUGAUAAGGACCUUAAUCGUUCAGAGAUUUCCAAGUUCUCUAAACGAGAUGCCGAUGCCUAUCCAAGAUAUGAAAAUCAACUGGAGAACUUCUGUAAAUUCAUGGACCCACUGUUGGAUUCGGCUCCUCCUGAAUCUUUGCAAGGCGUUUUCUCUUUGAAGGAUCAGUUGAAAAACAGAAUGCACAAAUCAGCUUUUUGGGCUCGUUUUCUGCGGCAGGCGAUGACGUUGGGCCAAAAAGAUAUUGUGGAGUUCAUGGACCUUUUAUUGUCACCAGCUUCAAAGGUUUUGAAUAACUGGUUUGAGACAGAUGUUCUCAAAGCAACCCUUGGAACAGAUGCUGUAAUAGGAACUACGGCUAGUGUACAUACUCCCGGGAGUGGAUAUGUUUUACUUCAUCACGUGAUGGGCGAAACUGAUGGCGAUCGCGGAAUUUGGUCGUAUGUCGAAGGUGGGAUGGGCUCAGUUUCCAUGGCUAUCGGUAAUGCUGCUAGGGAAGCUGGGGCCCAUAUUGUCACAAGUGCAGAGGUCUCACAAUUGUUGAUUGGAGACUCUGGUGUAGUGGACGGGGUACUGCUGGCUGAUGGUACAGUGGUGCAUUCUUCAAUUGUUUUAUCAAAUGCAACCCCACACAGAACUUUCAUGGAUUUAGUCCCUAAAAAUGUCCUUCCUGAUGAUUUCAUCCGAGCUAUUAAGUACUCUGACUACAGUUCUGGAACUACAAAAAUAAACUUAGCAGUUGAUAAACUGCCCCAGUUUAAAUGUUGCAAAAUAGGCCAUCCUGAUGCUGGUCCUCAGCAUGUUGGCACCAUUCAUAUUGGUUCUGAAAGCAUGGAAGAGAUUCACUCAGCGUCUCAAGAUGCUGCCAAUGGAUUACCAUCACGAAGACCAAUUAUUGAAAUGACAAUCCCCUCUGUUCUUGACAAGACUAUAUCCCCACCUGGUAAGCAUGUGAUCAACCUGUUUAUUCAAUACACACCCUAUAGUCCAUUGGAUGGUAGCUGGGGAGAUCUUGCUUAUAGGGAAUCAUUUGCAAAAAAAUGUUUCACCUUGAUUGAUGAAUAUGCCCCUGCAUUCAGCUCAUCAGUCAUUGGCUAUGACAUGUUGACUCCGCCUGAUCUUGAAAGGGAAAUUGGUCUGACAGGAGGGAAUAUCUUCCAUGGUGCUAUGGGAUUAGAUUCUCUCUUCCUCAUGCGGCCGGUUAAAGGAUGGUCGAAUCAUAGGACUCCACUCCAAGGGCUGUACUUGUGCGGAAGCGGGACCCAUCCUGGGGGUGGCGUGAUGGGCGCACCUGGACGUAAUUCUGCUCGUCUAAUUCUUGAAGAUGUCAAGACACCAUUGAGUUGAAACACGGUAACUCAGCCAUAUGUCCUCUAUAAAGGCUUUUUAAGUUCCCAAUUUCCUUUUAUCCUUUUGUAGGAGUUCAAUUAGCAUUCUCUCGACUGUCAAUUUUGUAUGCGUAUUUUACUACAACAGAAUAAUAAGGUCGGAUCAAAUUGCAUUCGUCAUGAGACUAA